UGCGUUAGCGCCUUGCCUUCCGGGGCACAGUGCUUGUCGUUGUAGCAGCUGUGGGAAGGGGAGGCCAUCUUCCAUUUCUAGGAAGAGUAAGGGCGAGGGGAGAGUGAAGGUGGUGAAGGGCUCAGCGCCUCCCCGCCAGGCGGUGGCCUAGAGGAGCAGUUUCGGCAGGCGGGUGAGGUCGCUGAGGGCCCGGAAAAGAUGUUUUCCCUGUCGAGUACCGUGCAGCCCCAGGUUACUGUUCCUCUGAGUCAUCUAAUCAAUGCCUUCCAUUCACCAAAAAAUACGUCUAUUUCUGUCAGUGCAUCGUUUUCUCAAAACCAACAUCGAGAUGUAGUUCCUGAGCAUGAGGCUCCCAGCAGUGAGCCUAUACUUAACUUAAGAGACCUUGGAUUAUCUGAAUUAAAAAUUGGACAGAUUGAUCAACUGGUAGACAGUCUACUUCCUGGAUUUUGUAAAGGCAAGAAUGUUUCUUCCCAUUGGCAUACAUCUCAUGUUUCUGCACAGUCCUUCUUUGAAAAUAAAUAUGGUUCCUUAGAUAUAUUUAGUACUUUACGUUCCUCUUGCUUGUACAGACAACAUUCAAGAACUCUUAAAAGAAUUUGUUCAGAUCUUCAGUACUGGCCAGUUUUUGUACAGUCUCGGGGUUUUAAAACUUUGAAAUCAAGGACACGACGUCUGCAGUCCACCUCUGAAAGAUUAGCAGAAACACAGCAUACAGCACCAUCAUUCGUAAAGGGGUUUCUUUUGCGGGACAGAGGAUCAGACAUUGAGAGUUUAGACAAACUCAUGAAAACCAAAAACAUACCUGAAGCUCAUCAAGAUGCUUUUAAAACUGGUUUUGCAGAGGGUUUUCUGAAAGCUCAGGCACUAACACAAAAAACCAAUGAUUCUCUAAGAAGAACUCGUCUGAUUGUCUUUAUUCUGCUGGUUGUUGGCAUUUAUGGACUCUUAAAAAACCCUUUUUUAUCUGUCCGCUUCCGGACAACAACAGGGCUUGAUUCUGCCGUAGAUCCUGUGCAGAUGAAAAAUGUUACCUUUGAACAUGUUAAAGGAGUGGAGGAAGCUAAACAAGAAUUACAAGAAGUUGUUGAAUUCUUGAAGAAUCCACAAAAAUUUACUGUUCUUGGAGGUAAACUUCCUAAAGGAAUUCUUUUAGUUGGACCACCAGGGACAGGAAAGACACUUCUUGCCCGAGCUGUGGCCGGAGAAGCUGAUGUUCCUUUUUAUUAUGCUUCGGGAUCAGAAUUUGAUGAGAUGUUUGUGGGUGUGGGAGCCAGCCGUAUAAGAAAUCUUUUUAGAGAAGCAAAAGCAAAUGCCCCAUGUGUUAUAUUUAUUGAUGAACUAGAUUCUGUUGGUGGGAAGCGAAUUGAAUCGCCAAUGCAUCCAUAUUCACGGCAGACUAUAAAUCAACUUCUUGCUGAAAUGGAUGGUUUUAAACCCAAUGAAGGAGUUAUCAUCAUAGGAGCCACAAACUUCCCAGAGGCAUUAGAUAACGCUUUAAUACGUCCUGGUCGUUUUGACAUGCAGGUUACAGUUCCAAGGCCAGAUGUAAAAGGUCGAACAGAAAUCUUGAAGUGGUAUCUCAAUAAAAUAAAGUUUGAUCAGUCUGUUGACCCAGAAAUCAUAGCUCGAGGUACUGUUGGCUUUUCUGGAGCAGAGUUGGAAAAUCUUGUGAACCAAGCUGCAUUGAAGGCAGCUGUUGAUGGAAAAGAAAUGGUUACCAUGAAGGAACUAGAGUUUUCCAAAGAUAAAAUCCUAAUGGGACCUGAACGAAGAAGUGUGGAAAUUGAUAACAAAAACAAAACGAUCACAGCGUAUCAUGAAUCUGGUCAUGCUAUUAUUGCAUAUUACACUAAAGAUGCAAUGCCUAUCAACAAAGCUACGAUCAUGCCACGAGGGCCAACACUUGGACAUGUGUCCCUGUUGCCUGAGAAUGAUCGAUGGAACGAAACCAGAGCCCAGCUGCUUGCACAGAUGGACGUCAGCAUGGGAGGAAGAGUGGCUGAGGAGCUCAUAUUUGGAACUGAUCAUAUUACAACAGGUGCUUCCAGUGAUUUUGAUAAUGCAACCAAAAUAGCAAAGCGGAUGGUCACCAAAUUUGGGAUGAGUGAAAAGCUUGGAGUUAUGACCUACAGUGAUACAGGGAAACUGAGUCCAGAAACUCAAUCUGCUAUUGAACAGGAAAUCAGAAUCCUUCUGAGGGAUUCAUAUGAACGAGCAAAACAUAUCUUGAAGACUCAUGCAAAAGAGCACAAGAAUUUAGCGGAAGCUUUAUUGACCUAUGAGACUUUGGAUGCCAAAGAGAUUCAGAUUGUUCUUGAGGGGAAGAAAUUGGAAGUAAGAUGAUAGCUCUUGAAAUGGAGGCAGUGCCGGUUUUAUUGCAAGAAUAUAAGUAGCAUUGCAGUAGUCUUAUUUUGCAACGCUUUUCUUCCAUUCUUGACUUGGUAUCACUCAAGGGUGUGAAACACUUUGUCAGUCUUUUGUCACAUUUAUCUGAUUUUGAUUGUUCUCAUGAUGGACACCUACUGCAAAUAGCAGAUUUAUUCAAGAAAAUAAAGAGCUAUCAGGAUUGAAAACAGCUUGUUUGAGAAAUGUCAAUUAGUAAUUUGAAAAUAAGUAAUGAUUUUAUGGUUGGUUACAGCACUAGAUGUGAAUAGAAAUUGUGCCUUUAGCUCUUGGAAAGUAUUUUUACUUAGCAAAGUAAAAUUCUUCAAGGAUUGUCUUUAUUUCUAGAGAGUACCAUUUAUCUUUGAUAAAGAAAUGAUACUAUUUGGCUAUUGCUAAGUCAUUUCUACCUACAUCAGUAGAAGCUUAAUCAUUAAGAUGCACUUGAUUAUGUUUUAAAUUGGCCGUAUUUUUUUUUUUUUUUUGGUCCAUGCCCACAUUAUGUGGAAGUUCCUGGGCCAGGGAUGGAACCUGCACCAUAGUGGUGACAAGGCCGGAUACUUAACCUGCUGUGCCACAAGGGAACUCCCUACAAUGUUUUUUAAAAAUCUAAGAGUAGAGAAUUGUGAAUCUACAGACACAAUCAGAAUUUAAGUUGAUUGUAACCUUUUCAAAAUGCAGCUUGCAUUUUCAUGCUCUUUUUUUUUUUAAACGUUACUAUCACUCUGAAAAUGAGGUUUAUUUCAGAGCAACAAUUAUUUUGUUAAAUAAACAAGUAACACAGCUAAACUUCUGAAAAACUAUGUAAUUGUACUUGACAUUGAAAACAAAAUAAAACCAAAAACUCAGUCCCCUCAGAGUGAACUUUUGAAUUACCCUGUGUUAGGAAUGGAAAGCUGUUUAUUUUUCAUCCAGGUUCUGUGAAUAUGAAUGUGUUGUUAUAGGAUUUAUAGAUGACUAACUCAGUAGAAAAAUUAUUUUAGAGCACAAUGUAUUGGUUUUCCAACCAAAUUAUAUUCUUGAAGUGAUUUUAUUAAAAUUACCUACAGUUUUCUAGUAACUUUUAAGCUGUAUAUGGUCUUCGUGUAGUUAUAGAUGGAGAUUGCUUCAUGACAUUCUGCCUCUUUUUUUGGACAAUUAAAAAUUUUGAUGUACUUUCAAACCUAGAGAAACGCUACCAGAAUAAUGCAAGGAACUCUUGUAUACCCUUGAUUCAUAUUCACUAAUUAUUUUCAUUUGCGCCAUUUUUUUCACCCCACCUUCCUUUCUCCCUUUCUCUUCUCCCUCCCUCCCCUCCUCUCUCUGUAUAUAGAUGUAUGUGUGUAAACAUGUCUUUGUGUGGACACAUGUUUUCAUUUUUCUUGGGUAGACUUGUAGAAAUUGCUGGGUGAUGUGAGUUUCUAUUUAGCUUUUUAAGAACCUGGUGAACUGUUUUGAAAGUAGCUAUUUAAUUUUUAUGUUCCAGGUACCAAUGUAUGGAAGGUUCCAUUUUCUCCAUAUUUUGUACAUUGCUUCUUAUAAUCUUGUCUUUUUGACAAAGCCAUUCUGGUGGGAACGUAUUAGGAUCUCAUUGUGGAUUUAAUUUACGUUUCCUUAGGGCUAGUGACUUUGAACAUCUUCUGAUAGGCUCUUGGUCGUUUUUAUAUCUCCUUUGAAGAAUUGUCCAUUCACAUCCCCUCUCCCCGUUUUGUGUUGUUGUCUCAUGAGUUAUAAGAGAUCAUACAGUCUGAAGACAAGCCCUUUAUUACAUGGAUCUUUUUUUUUUUUUCUUAAAUCAGUCUGACAAUCUCUCAUAUUUGAAUAGUGUGUUUAGUUCCUUCAUAUUUAAUAUUUAUAUAGUUGCUUUUACAUCUGCCAUUUUGCUAUUUGUUUCUUGAUUUUUCUCACAUCUCUUCCUCCUCUUUUAUGUCUUAGCAGUUGCUCUAGGAAUGAAACUGCAUCUUAUCUCUCUCUUAAUCACUGGCUACUUCCAAAUAAUACAGAUUUCAUUCUGGCACAGCUUAGUAACUUUGUUCCAGUGUAUCUCCUUUUUUUUUCCUUUGUGCUUUUGUUGUUACAUUACAUCUAUAUGUAUUACAGCAACUCAACAAUACAGUACUGUAACUACUGCUUUAUAUAAUCUUAAAUCCUCAGUCUUUAGCUGGGCAUGUCUUAAUUUUGCCUUUGCUAUUUUUAGAAUUUUUAUUUUUUCCUUUUUUUAUUAUGGCUGCCCUAUGGCAUAAGGAGUUCCCUGAGCCAGGGAUCAGAUCUGAGUCACAGUUGCGACCUACGCCGAAGCUGCAGCAAUGAUGGGUCAUUGAGCCCACUGUGCCAGGCCAGGGAUUGAACCUGUGUCGUGAUGCUGCAGAGACACCGAGGAUCCCAUUGCACUACAGCAGGGAUUCUUAGAGUAUUUUGCUGAAAUAGAAUACAUGGUUAAGUGUUUAUUCCUUUUUUUCUUUUUUUUUUUUUUUGCCCCAUCUAUGGCAUUCGCAUGUUCCCAGGCCAGGGAUCGAACCCAAGCCACAGCAGCAACCAAAGCCACUGCAGUGACAAUGCCAGAUCCUUAACCCACUGCACCACAAGAUAAAUCCCCUUUGGCAAUUAUUUUUUUCAAAUAUAUCUAUUUGCCCCUUCUGUCUCUUCUUUCUAGGAUUCUCCUUUAACAUGUGUUGGUAUACUUGAAGCUGAUCUGGUCCCGGAGGCUUUGUUUAUUUUCUUCAUUGCUUUUUUCCCCCUCCCCUAUUCAGAUGGACUACUUUCUGUUGAUUCUUCUUCAGGUUCACUGAUUCCUCUUCUUUCACCUGAAUUUUUCAUUUCAGAUACUGUAUUUUUCAGCUCCAAGUUCCCAUUUGGUUCUUUCAUAUACUUUGUAUCUCUUUAUUGAGAUUCUUUAUGUAUUACAUCAUUUUCAUCAUAGCUUCUAUUAAUUCUUUAAAAACGACUUCUGCUAGUUCUUUGAACAUGUUCAUAGUAGCUGCUUUCAAGUCUUUGCCAACUCCAGCAUCUGGAGAUGCUUGGUUUCUAUUGAAUGCUUUUCUUCCUCAGUAAGGGUACACUUUCUCCUUUUUUUGCUUUGUAAUCUUUUUGAAUUUCAAAUAAUGUAGCAAUUUUCCCCCAGAGGGUUGUUCUCAUUUUGGUUUUGGUUAGUAACUUGGCAGCAGUAAAUUUGUGAAGUCUGUUUUCACUGCAGUAUGCAGCCACUGAUGUCUCUGCUCUUUUUUAAAUGUUAAAUCUCGCUUCCUAGGGGUUGCUGCUGUGAUUGCACAGUUUAGCAUUUUGCCAAAGAUUGGGCCGAGGUUGUGUUCAAACCCCAUCAUUUGGGCCUCCACUCUGCUGAUGGAGCUUGUGGGAUGACAAGUUCAGGUCAUUUUCAAGUCUGCUCUGCUCUUUGCUUUCUAAUAGGCUUUUUUGCUUCUUGUACAUAUGUGUAGGCUUUGGCAACCGUGGAUAUGUGGGUGGCUUGAACUAACUUCAGUUUUCACUUUGCUUGCCAAUAAAUCUAAAAUACAUCGAGUGCUUAUCAAACCCAGACAGCUCUCUUGCCUCCCAGAACUUCCUUUGAAACACCUGGGUACCCUGUUUUUUGCCCCAAGCAGCGCUGCAGCCUCAGCCUACCACUGAGCUCACCACUUUAACUUAUAGUGCAUCAGGUUCAAUGAGUCCUUUCUGUCAGUGGCAACAAGCCUAUUUCCAGGUAUCUGCCAUCACCUUGGUUGAGCUGCUGCACCUGUGGACCCAGCAUGGAUGGUGGAUAUAGCAGCACAGGAAUACCACAGACUCACACCAUUCUUUGCUGAAGCACAGUGGUUUUCAUGAAUAAGCAGUUCUUAGUUUGGUGUAAAUCUUUGGUUCAUUUCCCAGUGCUGGAAUGGUUGUUAAACAGUUUAUCCCAAUUUAUAGCUGCCUUUUUAAAACGGAGAUGAUUUGUCAACCUCCUUACCUCAUCAUGCUGAAAGUGAAUUUCCCCAACUUAUUUUGAAUCACAUUCCAACCAAAUCAGUUUCAUAAGAAUGGACUUCAAGAAGACUUAGAACUUUUCAAAGCUGUCCAUUCAAAGCUACCAAAAUGCCAGAGUUUUACAAGUAACCUAUAUCUAUUAAAAUGAUUACUUUUGGUAAUUGAUACAUAUUUUAUUUUUAAAUAUUCUUUGUAUUUGUUCAUAUUCAUUUUAAAGUAAAUACUGAGUUAUUACAACCUGGCAAGUUAUAAGCAUAUUUCUUAAUGUAAGUAUGUAAUA